CUGAAGACGAUUAAUUUCGUGUCAGGUCCGAUCGAGGCGUAACAACGCUCUCGACUUUUCACACGAGACAUACAAGGUUAUCUAUAUGCAUAAUACCCCAUAUACGUAGGUCCGACAUAAACGCCGUCGUCGUAAUUUUGCCACUACCAUCACUCUCACGUUUCUGAUUUCAAACGUACCAACGGUCCGCGACCAAGGAUACCUCACCUUAGACACGGUACGAGGCCGAAGCAAAAUCCCAACAUGCUGUCAUCCAUCGAACCCCUGGAGGAGAGAUUCAGACAGGUAGAAGAAGAGAGUGAGAGGAGGGCUAUGCAAGAGCAAGACCUGUCGUCGACAAAUGAGCUAGUUGACCCUGAUUUAGUCAGCCUAAGCAGGCGAGGACAUCAGCGGAAGAAGAGUUCAGUGUCAAUUUCACGAUUCGGCCAGCCUGGCGCAAGUAGUUCCACUUCACCCACACCUUCACUACUCGCUACUGUUGCCCACAAGUCGACAUUCUAUCAUUCAUUAGCAAACCCCAGAAGCAUGGACUCCUUCAUUUCCGAACGCUCAGAAGACGAAUCUCACCAUUUAGAAGAUGACCAGCAGGUGACGCGAGUCGAACGAAUACAUAGCCGUCAGCCUUUCCAGAAAACAGUUGAAGCCAUACUACCCCGACGCAUGGUUCGGUCGCACUCAUCAAACGUACUCUCGCCAAGUACACGCCUGGUCAUUGACGUCUCUGUCGAAAAGGCAACAGUAGAUACCGCAUAUGCGCGUUCUGAGGACACCCACACCACCACCAUCCACGCAACCAAAGCAGGAGAGCUAAGCCCUAGAGCGUCUCAGAUUAGCGCGCUUGGCGCCAAGCCACCGGCAGACAGGCUGGUAGAACGGGCGAAAUCGUUCGCUCGUAAAUUCGGACGUAAAAGAAAGCCCGAAUCUGGGUGAGAUGAAGUGGAUGUUGUGCGCGCGCCCGGCUCUUGAGCUGUCAAGGAGACUCUGGAAUGGAAUGGACCUAGUUUCAAUGAUCCGAGUAGUUGCCAUGCUUCAUCAAGGACUAGUGAUAACCUUGAAUUGCUCAUCACCAAGAGGCCAGAGCUGCAUCAGAAUUUCUUUCAUGUACGAUACUCUAUGAUUAUAUAAUAUAAUUUCAUGAACCAAUCAUCGUUCAAUCGCCUUUCUUCCACUGACA